AUGGAACCACAGUGGAACCCGACUUCCUGCCCGCAGUCUCCCUCCGUCAUCUUCCUGCUCAUGGCUACUUCCUACACCUGGCUCCUUCCCGUCACCGCCCCUCAGCGGAUCCCAAUAGACCCCACGGCGGCGCCCGAGUACGCCCACUCCAUCCGACUGGACGGCGACAUCAUCCUCGGUGGAUUAUUUCCCGUGCACUCGCGGGGGGACCGCGGAACGCCCUGCGGCGAGCUGAAGAAGGAGAAGGGCAUCCACCGUUUGGAGGCCAUGAUGUUCGCCAUAGACCUGAUCAACAAGGACACCGAGCUGCUGCCCAACAUCACGCUGGGGGCCCGCAUCUUGGAUACCUGCUCCAGGGACACGUAUGCUCUGGAGCAGUCCCUGACCUUUGUGCAGGCCUUGAUAGAGAGGGACGGCUCCGACGUCCGCUGCGCUAACGGGGACCCUCCCAUCUUCACCAAGCCAGAUAAAAUCGUAGGGGUGAUAGGAGCCGCGGCCAGCUCUGUGUCCAUCAUGGUGGCCAACAUCUUGCGCCUCUUUAAGAUCCCUCAGAUAAGCUACGCAUCCACGGCCCCGGAACUGAGCGACAACACGCGCUACGACUUCUUCUCCCGCGUGGUCCCGCCGGACUCCUACCAGGCCCAGGCAAUGAUGGACAUUGUCACGGCGAUGGAGUGGAACUACGUGUCCACGCUAGCGUCAGAAGGAAACUAUGGCGAGAGCGGCGUGGAGGCCUUCAUCCAGAUCUCCAGAGAAACUGGUGGUGUGUGUAUUGCCCAGUCCUUGAAGAUCCCCAGGGAGCCCAGACCAGGGGAGUUUGACAAGAUCAUCAGACGCCUGCUGGAGACCUCCAAUGCCAGGGCCGUCAUCAUGUUCGCUAAUGAGGACGACAUACGACGGAUCCUGGAUGCAGCUAAAAGGAACAACCAGACCGGUCACUUCCUGUGGGUGGGUUCUGACAGCUGGGGGUCUAAAAUCUCCCCUGUGAUUGGCCAGGAGAGAGUGGCGGAGGGAGCCAUCACGAUUCUCCCCAAACGGGCAUCUGUAGAUGCUUUUGACCGGUAUUUCCGUAGCCGAUCGCUGUCCAACAACAGAAGAAAUGUUUGGUUUGCUGAAUUCUGGGAGGAGAACUUCAACUGUAAGCUGGGUAUGCAUGGAAAACGACCCGGCAGCCUGAAGAAAUGCACAGGUUUAGAAAAAGUUGGUCGUGAUUCCAGCUACGAACAAGAGGGGAAGGUUCAGUUUGUGAUGGAUGCGGUGUACGCCAUGGCCCACGCUCUACAUCGCAUGCACCGGGACCUAUGCUACGGAUACCCAGGCCUCUGCCCGCGCAUGGCCAACGGCAUCGACGGCAAAGAGCUGCUCAGCUACAUUCGUGCUGUCAACUUCAACGGAAGUGCCGGUACACCAGUGGUUUUUAAUGAGAACGGAGACGCUCCAGGACGAUACGAUAUCUUCCAGUACCAGAUCAACAACAGGUCUACUGCAGAGUACAGAGUCAUUGGCUCCUGGACCAAUAAACUUCACCUCAAAGUCGAGGCCAUGCGUUGGAAGAAAGGUGACCCAUCUCUGCCGCCCUCUGUAUGCAGCAUCCCAUGCCGUGCAGGUGAAAGGAAGAAAGUGGUCAAAGGCGUGCCGUGUUGCUGGCACUGUGAGCGCUGUGAGGGAUAUCACUAUCAGGCAUCAGAGUUCACCUGUGAGCUGUGUCCAUAUGAGAUGCGGCCCGAUACCAACCGCACCGGCUGUGUCCCCAUCCCGAUCAUCAAGCUGGAGUGGCACUCCCCCUGGGCCAUCGUCCCCGUCUUCAUCUCCAUGCUGGGGAUCAUCGCCACCUCCUUCGUCAUUGUCACGUUUGUCCGGCACAACGACACGCCCAUCGUGCGAGCGUCCGGACGGGAGAUGAGCUACGUGCUGUUAACGGGAAUCUUCCUGUGCUACGCCAUCACCUUCCUGAUGAUUGCCACGCCCGAUGUAGGGGUGUGCUCGUUCAGGAGGAUCUUCUUGGGCUUGGGGAUGUGUUUCAGCUACGCCGCGCUGCUCACCAAGACCAACAGGAUACACCGCAUCUUUGAACAAGGGCAGAAGUCUGUAACAGCACCCAGGUUCAUCUCUCCUGCCUCCCAGCUCGUCAUCACCUUCUCGCUCAUCUCAGUUCAGCUGCUGGGAGUCUUUGUCUGGUUCGCGGUGGAUCCUCCCCACACGGUCGUGGACUUCGGCGAGCAGCGGACCCAGGAUCCCAUGUCGGCGCGCGGCGUCCUCAAGUGUGACAUCUCGGACCUGUCCCUCAUCUGCUCCCUGGGUUACUCCAUCCUGCUGAUGGUCACAUGCACAGUUUACGCCAUCAAGACGCGAGGCGUGCCCGAGACCUUCAACGAGGCCAAGCCCAUCGGGUUUACCAUGUACACCACCUGCAUCAUCUGGUUGGCAUUCAUACCCAUCUUCUUUGGCACGUCACAGUCUGCAGAGAGGAUGUACAUCCAGACUACCACCCUGACCAUCUCUCUCAGCCUGUCUGCCUCUGUGUCUCUGGGGAUGCUCUACAUGCCCAAGGUCUACAUCAUCCUCUUCCACCCCGAGCAGAACAUCCCCAAACGGAAACGCAGCUUCAAGGCAAUUGUGACAGCAGCCGCCAUGUCCGGGAAACUGAGCCAGAAGGGAGGAGACCGGCCCAACGGAGAGGUGAAGACUGAGCUGUGUGAGAGCAUGGAGACCAACACUUCAUCAACUAAGACGACAUAUGUCAGCUACAGCAAUCAUGCCAUUUGA